AUGGGUGGGGAGCGUGGGAAUGGCAGCUUGAGUCAAGGCACAGAGGGACUACCCAGUUUUAGCAAUGAAAGUCCCACGUCACAGGAAACCUCUGAGUCCUGGACAAAUCAAGAUGACAUUUUCUAUGCAUAUGCAAGCAUGUCACCAGGAGCAGAGCACAGAGGGACAACACAGCUUUUGCGCUUCCAGCUGGCUCCCAUCAAGAAGUUAGAAGGGAGCCUGCAAACACAUUUCCUGAUAUCAUCUCUCCACCCCAGAAUGACUUUCCCUGGUAGAGCUGGGGGAGGGGAGGCGGGCAGCAGGCCCCCCAGGAGGCCCUGGGCAGGAAUAUUAAUACUCCAACUUCCCAGCACAAGAGGGAGAGGGAGGAGGAGCGGCCACGGCGCAGUCCGGUCCUGGGGGCCCUGGAAGGUGGUUGCUGAGCAGCCCGUGGGAGGCACGGAUCCGCCAGCUCACGGCGGCAGGGGCCGCCCGAGUCCUAAUGAAAACAUCUAG